AUGUUCAGUUAUUGUGAAAAGGGUUCGAAAGUAGAUGGACAACCGACCAUUGUAUUUGUUCAUGGACUUUCAUCGAAUAAAGAAACAUGGCUACCAAUUGUUAAAAAUAUUCCAAGCAAUUAUCAUUGUAUUACAGUAGACUUACCUGCCCAUGGAGAAACAAUUGCUGAUGAGCAAUGUGAAACUGAUCGAAUUAAACAUUUACGUCAGGGAAAUUAUGAAGCACUUCUUCCAGAAACAACAGAACAACUCUGUGAUAUGAUAAAUUCUUUAACGGUAAAAUCAAUCAAUUUACCUAGACCGUUUCUCAAUGGAUUUCUUAAUUUACGACUUCAAUUACUUGAAGAACAUAAGAACGGUAAUUAA